AUGUACGAGCGUGCAGAGUCGCCCUUCAUGCCUGAGGAAACGAGCCGACCGCCCUCCAACUUGCGCAUCCUCUCGCUCAACUGCUGGGGACUCAAGUACAUCGCGAAGCUCCGCAAUGAGCGCCUUUCAGAGAUCGGAAAUCAGAUCGCCGCCGCCGAUCCUCCGCCAGAUAUUAUAGGCUUGCAAGAGUGUUGGACCCAACAGGACUACAAUGUUAUUCGAGAAAAGACAAGACAUCUGCUUCCCUAUGGAAAGUUCUACUUUAGUGGUAUAUUCGGAGGUGGAUUGGUUAUAUUGUCAAGAUGGCCGAUCGAAGAGAGCAGCAUGACACAAUACCCUCUGAACGGACGACCUGCAGCGUUUUACAGAGGCGAUUGGUUCGUGGGUAAAGGUGUUGCAUAUGCGCGGAUACGGAUGGGACCUACAAGGAGAGACAUUGCAGAAGUAUUCUGCACGCAUCUCCACGCUCCGUACGAGGUCGAACCGCACGAUUCUUAUAUCUGCCACCGGACAGCACAAGCAUGGGAAAUAACAAAACUCAUGCGCGGGGCUGCUGAGCGCGGUCACCUUGUCAUAGGCUUAGGAGACUUCAACAUGACCCCUCUAUCCCUCGCACAUCGUAUCAUCGAGACACACUCGCCUGUGCGCGAUGUAUGGCGAGUCCUCUACCCAAACUCUUCAGUCGGCGCUGCAAAAGACAAAGUAGAGCAGUUGCGCAACGUCCCAAUGCCCAACGCCGAAUAUAACAUCACCAAAAACGGUGCUACCUGCGACAGCGCGCUCAACACCUGGCGAUGGAACAAGGCUCACAGCCAGCGAUUGGCCAAGGGCGAAAAUGUGCAGAUAGAACCUACUGUCGACGAUCCUAACGCAAAGCGCCUCGAUUACAUCUUCUUCAGCAGUGGCUCACACCACGAUGCGAGCAGCAAGCAAUCGAGCGCAGAAUGGACCCUCAAGGAAGCUAACGUAGGCAUGACGGCUAGGCAUCCAUCUCUCUACUGCUCUCUCAGCGACCACUUCUCCGUCGAAGCUACUUUGGUUCGUAAUUUGGAUGGGCCACUAUCUGCUCCAUCAAACGGCCCUUACGCCCUCCCAGAGACGUACCUACCUAUCGAAAUCUACGACGAAAUCCUCGCUACCAUUUCGAAAUACGAUGCUCGUGAGCGUACGCAACGGCGCUUACGUCUUGGUCACUUCGGCUUCCAGUUCUUCCUUACUGUUGGGUGUCUGAUUGGCGUGUGGUGGGUGCCGCAUAAUUACGUUGCAUUCAUUUUGAUGUUGAUCAGUUCGCUGAGUCUGAGCGUUGGAGUUAUUGAUGGGUUGAUGGGUGGGCUGUUUGUUGGUAGCGAAUUAAGAGCAUUGAAGGAGUUUGAGUGGGAGGUGAGGAAUACAAAGGAUAGGGCGCUGGCGAGGGCAGAAAAGAGUGAUCUCCCCCGCACGUCAUGA